AUGAUGAAAGUAGUGUUCAAAUUGCAACCACUGGAUGACAAAAUGAAGCAAAAAGUCAUGAAGAGAGUCUGUGGCCUUCCAGGGAUUGAUUCAAUCGCAGUAGACAUGAACAACAAUAAAUUGACAGUAAUUGGAGAGAAUUUUGAUCCAGUAAGUAUAGUGAAGAAACUGAGAAAGCUAUGUUUAAUAGAGCUAGUAUCAGUUGGACCAGCAAAAGAACCAGAGAAGAAGAAGGAAGAGGCCAAGAAAGAAAAGCCAAAGAAGGCAGAUGAUAAUAAGAAAAAAGAUGAGCCUAAAAAAGACGAGGUACCCGAGCUCAUCAAUCCUUUUCCUUGUUCGACAGGGCUUCAUGAAAAAGGUCUGGGGCUUACAGCAUCAGAAUCUAUGGGGAUGACUUCAACCUCCGAAAGUAAAGAUGAGUUGACUUCUGCUAUAUCAGGUCACUUUGAGGUUCAAAGUGAGAGAGUACAGGGUGCUGAUACAACAUCUCUGGCACCGAAAGCUGUGCUGAUGGCUUCAACAUCUGGGAGUGAAGAUGAGUCGACUUCUGCUAUGUCGGUUGACUUGAAGGUUAUGUUGGAUGACUUGAAGGUUAUGUUGGAUGACUUUGAGGUUCAGAGUGAGAGAGCACAGGCUGUAGAUACAACAUCUCUGGCACCAGAAGAUGUGAUGAUGACUUCAACUUCUGGAAGUAAAGAUGAGCCUACUUCUGCUGUGUCGGGUCACUUUGAGGUUCACCGUGAGAGAGUAAAAGCUUCAGAUACAUCUCCGUCAUCUGGUUAUUCUCCUGCAUCAAGCUCAGAGAUCGUGGAAGAAUAUGUG